CACGUUCAUCUUACUCUUCGGGCUUGGGUUAAAAUUUAUCUGGAUCGGGUAUACUCUGUCAAGUACCAGUUGAUUGUGUUCAUCUCGGCGCGAUGACACAUUACUACAAGCAGGGAUCGUAAAGCCUUCCGGAUUCAUAGCCACUGGCCUUGUAUACAAGUGAUCUGCUAUGUCUUCUUUCCACCCAACAAACAACAUCUAUUCCGUCAUUAUCGACAUACACCACCUCGAAGCGCUUAUUCUUUCAGAUGAAUCUGAUUAUCCAAUCCAUCCCUCCGAUGCUACAUAUACCACCUUCCGCUUCAUCAUCGACUUCGCCUGGCAGCCACUUUUUCACGACAGGUACACAUAUGGGGAGAGUGGUGGAAGAAUCUGCUCGCCCUCGCUAUCUCCUAAACGAGCCGCCCAAUUCAAAUCGAGAAGAGCGGCAACGGCGGCCUAUAUUGUCGUUGUACAUACCUCAAACUACUCACGAUUCUGGUUUUGAGGAGAAUCGUACCCCUCGACCUCGCUCGGCACGAUUAGUGCGAUCAGUUCGUUCAGGUCAUCGAGUAGCUGAAAGCUCUCAAGUCUCUCCGGCCCUACAAAAUCAUCGUUUACCCGUGGAAAUCCUCACGGACAUUUUCCUUUACUGUCUGCUCACAAUCCACGAUGUCCCGCCACCUCGCCUCACCGACCAAGCCCCACUUUUACUUGUGGCAGUAUGUCGAGAAUGGAGACUGAUUGUCCUGAAUACUCCUCGGUUAUGGAGCUCACCUCACUUUCGUAUCCCUCCACCAGCUUCUAUGAACUCUAUGAGCUUGAAACGCCAGCUGGACGGGAUCGAUCUAUGGCUGAGACGCUCUGGAUCGACCAUUCCAAUUACAGUUUCAUUGAUGCCCUAUCGCGGGCUGAAGCACUCUGACUCGGGUUGCCGGGAGGAGGUGCAUCCCAAUACACUCAAGCUCAUCCAGUCCUUGAUGUGUCACAGCCAUCGGAUUACCCGGUUGGGGAUUCUCUCUUUCCAGACCAUGCAUCAUUUGCUACGCUCCCUGUCCAUAAUGGGCACGAUCCAGCUUCCGGCUCUGAAGUCGAUCUACGUACGACUUGCAGCCCAGCACAGAAGUUUGAUGAGUGAGGAAGUACUCGCUGAUCUUAUGUCCCAUUCUCACAAGAGCAUGCCCGUCUUGCAAGAACUUCAUAUUGACGGCUUGACCUCUAGCGCUGCUGGACACUUGAUAAGAACACCCAACUGGUCUUCAAAUAUCACACAUCUCAUACUAGGCCCCUCUUCUUCCUCUCGUCGUCGUUCAGGAUUCGGAUCAUUCAACGGUCACGAUCUUGGUCCAUGUGAUGCCCUUUCCAUAUUAUCUCAAAACCCGCAGCUGCAAUCAUUUGAAGCGACAGUAACACUUCACACCCAUCGCUCUUGCACGUCGUUUGCUAAUCUACCUUUUCUCCUAAACCUAAUCAUCUACUUCGAGGUCCCUCCCAAUGAUGCGUUGAUCUCUUAUCCCGACCAGGACAUGUAUCGAUUCUUCGAAUACAUAUCAUGUCCUGCUCUGAGGGCACUUUCAGUCGCCUACGCGGGUAUUCCUUCACUCACUGAGAUACCGUUCCUUUCUUGGCUUAAUACUUCCUUCAACGAAGUUUCUGAGUCCGGAAGGAAACGCACCAUGCGUGUGGAUAAACUACGUGAUCUCAAACUUGAAGUAUCGAUGACCCCCGAAGCACUCACAGAGUGCCUCAUACUUCUCCCACCGAGUGUGCGCAUGUUGGAGAUCGUCGAUUUGGGUCAUAUCGAUGUUGAGGGCGUAGGGGUAGUUGAAUUUGGGCAUACAGUGCAGGAUUCUCACCUAGAACUGCUGACUUGGCAGAUAUCGACACCCAACUCUGUUGACGAGUCUGUGAAGGACGUUGAUGUCUCUUGCUGCUCCCACUCUUCCUCUUUAGCUGCAUCUGUUUCUAUCAGCGACUCUGAACGAGGGCACGAAAUAUGUCCCCGCCUGAAGACCUUCCGACUAGUCAUAUCCGGAUUUCUCACCCUUCUUUGCUCAACUCCAACUUCUCGCAGCAGUAGCACGUCUUCAUUACGUUCGCCCCGUCAAUCGCCCUCGGACUGGAGGAGAAGAAGGAGUGGCGUAUCUCGUGCGGCACUUCAACGCUUUAUUGAAAGUAGAAAACAGACUGGUCUCCAAAGUUCAGGCCCAUUUAAUUUCCGGAAAAAGUUGCUGAGAGAAUGCGAGGUGCUUCUAUCUCCCGCCUUGUCCGGUUCUUAUCUGCUUGAUUCCCCUGGUCUUUAAUCGAGGGAACCUAAAAAAAUAUUUCAUUCAUACACAACGGUCUAUUUAUCUAUAUAUUGUCUCAGUCACAUAUGUAAUAUAUUAUAUUCAAGUCCUCCUGAACUUGUGUAACAUCUGUGUCAGUUACUCGUUCAUAUGCCAUUGUAUCAUAGCAUUUGCGGUCGGUCACUCGUUCUUCUAUCAUUGCUAUUCUACUACAUUUGUACUAUGUCUUUGCAUUGGUAUUGUAUUGUAUCAUGGCUUAAAUUUUACGCAAACAUAUUCUCAAAUUUGCUAA